GGAUGGCGGCCCGUCUAGAAUGCGUUUCGCUGUGCGAUCAUGAGAUCAGCGCCAUCUCUCCUACAACGACGAAACUCUCACAGUGAAUGCCGCGCUAUAUGUUAGUAUAUCAGUAUAUGUUUUUAUGGCCAAGUUUGAUUGUAUACAUGUCAGGUAUAUAACGAGAGGCGAGACAGACCCGUUAACAUUAUCAGACUAUCAGAGGUUAUAAUAAAAAGAUUCACUGCGAAAGAAGUAUAUAAUUAUACGCAAGUACAUAAUUGUGAAAUGUAACGAAAGCCCAAAAAAUUGUUUAGAUUAAUCCUAUUAGUGUGCAAGUUAUCACCUUAAAAGGACGUAGAAAUUCCUCGAGACCACUGCGAGGACUACUGCAAGAGUAUGUCUGAUCCUGAUGGCAAUGAAGAGGAAGAAAAUGAACCCCAUGCCUACAUUCACAUACCCCCAGAGAAAAUAGGAGAAACAUUUGAGCGAUAUGUAGUGCCUGUCAGUCCACUAAGAAAAUUUGAUUACGCUCAAUACGUAAUAAAUUCUGCCAUGUUUGAUAAGAAGCUCGUAAAGUACAAGGACAGCACAUCAGGAAAUAAAGUUAAAUGCUUUGUCUUGUAUGCAGCAGAUAACUUUCAUUUAGUGCAAUCAAAAAUUAACUCCGGAAAAAGAUUUGGUAUACCUUCAGCUGUCCAUGAGAAAUCUAGUGGACUUCCUGACAACUCUAGUAUAAAAGAUAAGGAGAAUUCUGAUUCAAAUAAUAGGCAGAAUAACGACACAUUGAAAAAUUUGAAACGAGCUAAGUCAGCAAGAAAGAACUUGAAGAAAUCAAAAGCGCAAUCAUCUAAAGAAUCUUCUGAAGAGAUUUUUAAAAAAUAUCUAAAAACUUUUACAAAUCCUGAGGCAUAAUUCAAAAAACAGUAACCCCAGGAUGGAUGAAGAAAACGAUCAUUCAGCAUAUAAAUCCGUAAUAAGGGUGUAUAAAGAUCAAUUAAAUUUUUUUAAAAAGAAAUAUGAAGAAUCACAAAAACAAUUGAAUGAAUGGAAGUUGAAGUAUGAGAAUAUCUCUACAUGUAACAGUACAACAUCUGGCUUGACAGAUGGAGCAUUGUUAGAAUAUUAUGAUAAACUUUAUAAGUAUUCUGGACCUUUACAAAUCGAUGACAAUUCUGACUGCUUAAAACUUCUUCAUAAUGUUGAGUGUAACAUUGUAGCAUAUAAAGAUGCAUUCAAAUCAUCAAAACCAAUUCAGGUUGUUCGACUAUUAAUGUUUGGCAUUUAUGGAUACUAAGACCUAUUAACUCGUUGCCAAAAAAAUGAAAAAGAAACAGCUGGUUUACAGCCAUUGUGUAAAAUAAGGAGUGAAGCCAUUGAAAGAGAGCUUUACAGAUUUUUAAGACUCAACAAUUAUAAUGCACAACUAAUAAAGCUGGAACUUCAAGAAAUCGAUAAGUAUUAUCAUAAUGCACUCUCAUGUGCCAAACUGAAAAGAAAACGUAAUGAUAAAGUGCAAAGAGCUUUAGAUGAUCUGGAACGGCAAAGAAAUGAUUUCCAGAGUGAACAGUGAUAAUCGUUUAUUAUGGAGAGUGAUACAAGUAUUUUUUAAGAAAUAAAAUACAAGAUAAAUAUUAAGUUUUUUAUAUUAAACUUUCAGUAUUUAUGUUUCGUUACUAAAAGCUGAAUAACAUUAUAAAUGUUAAAGUACAAACUCGAUUAAUAAUACAAUGAAUGUAGUUAAUGAAAAUAAAUAUAUUACCAAAUGUA